UCAUAUCAGUUUCACUUCCACUCCACAUCAGCUAACUCACCUCCACCACCAUGGCUUCCAGCAAGCUCUUUGCGAUUGGCCUCGUCGUCUUACUAAGCAUUGGACUGUGCAAUGCUAUUAGGGUGGUAAAUCACGCCACUGCAGAUGGCCAAGGCGGUGGAGGUGGUGGAGCUAACGGGAGUGGAACCAGCUCUGGCUCUGGCUCUGGCUCCGGCUUCGGCAAUGCUGAGGCCUAUGACGGCAGUGCCCAGUCCCCGAGCUCUGGCCACUCGUAUGGCAGUGGAUCCGGUGAAGGUGGUGGCGAUUGGCGAGGUGAGGACCAGUACGCGUCUGGUUAUGGAGUGGGUGGUGCAUCUGGUGAAGGCCAUGGUGACUCAGGUAACUCCAACACUAAUGGGGAUGCAAAUGCGAAUGGAGCUGGUGGCGGGGGCGGCUCUGGUGGAAGCAACGGGAAUGGUAAUGGAUUUGGUGGUGGCAAGGGAGUCGGGGAAGGUGAAGGCGAUAACUAUGGUGCCUAUGGCUCGAGCUUUGCAAAUAGCGGUGGCGAUGGAGGUGGGAGCGGAGGCGGUCGUAAUGGUGGGUUCGGCAGUGGUUCUGGUGGCGGGUCAGGGAGGAGUGGUGGUUCCACAUCAGGUUAUAAUGAUGGCAGCUACAACGGAUCAACACCUUAAAGUCCAUUUUGCUUGAAGUAAUUUGGUCUUGGAACGAUGCAAUGUUUGUUCCAUCUAGCACCACCACUCAUUAUUUCUCUCUAUGUGUAAGCCAUUUGUGAGCUAUAGUUUUCGGUUAUUAGUUCCGAGUCUUGGUAAUAAUGAGGCAAUGAUUGGUUUGUAACCCAUGUGUGUUGGUUGCAAUCAGCCAAUGCAAUGUUCGUGUUAAAUGUUGCUUUCAUCACUAAGUAAUGAAAAAUAAGAAGUUCAAUUUGCUUGACA